AUGAGCGCAGCGGUUAAAUCGACAUUCGAGGCAUUCGCUCUCCAAGGAACAACUGCCACUCAGGCCAAGAGCGCAAAUGAGAUCAACAAUAAGAACUUUUCGAAAUUGUGCAAAGAUUGCAAAGUGAUUGGGCAAAAAUGCACGUCCACCGAUGUCGAUAUUGUCUUCAGCAAAGUCAAGACCAAGGGAGCGCAGAAAAUGACUUUCGAUCAGUUCUGCCAAGCUUUGAAAGAGCUCUCACCGAAAAGAUUUCCAAAGAAAACGAAAGAGGAAGCCGAGGAGGCAAUCUUCAAGCUUGUUGAGGAUAAAACACCUGGCACGAAUGCUACCACUAAAACAACAAACACAAAGAACGUUGACCGAAUGACUGACGCGUCAAAGUACACUGGAGCCCAUAAAGCUCGAUUUGACGCUGAGACAGGCAAAGGAAAAGGGAUUGAAGGACGAAAAGACAUCGACAAAAACACGGGCUACGUUGGUGCCUACAAGGGCGAUGGAACCUAUGACAAAACACAUUAA